AUGAAAGCCCAGCAUGCUCGACGCGAACACGCUCGGGUAGAGGUUCAGCAAGCCGUUUUCAUCGGCAACACCCUUGAACCAUGUUCGACAUAUCUAAACAUCCCGCGCCCGCUAUUGACGCCCGACAGGUUCCCGCCCUCCAAACUCCUGCCCACUUUCGCCAAGGUCGAAAUUUUUUUGAACAAGAGUGACCCACAUAUGCAGCUGUCGUCCUCGUAA